AUGCCUUGGUUGAAAAAACCAUCGCCUUUAAAGGGAAACCCAACCAAGAAGGAUACCGAUAGAUACCGCACAUUCCAUGAAGGGCACGGUCAUUACAAAAAUGACUACUUCGCCUGGAAAAGGCACCUCGAAGAUCUAAUCAGAGAUGGCCAUUGCACGGAAUUCAUCGCAAGGAGGGUUAUCUAG